AUGGCCACCACCCAGCCACUCGCCAUCCAGUGCAGAGACCCGGGCGAAUUCAUCUCCUCCAUCAUCGAGCACCACCGAGCCGGCGGCGGCGGCGGCGGCGGCGGUGUGCAGCUGCCUCUAAAGGACCAGGAGAAGACGUAUCUGAUCUUCGUGGGCAUCGAGGACGAGGAUGGCGUUUUCGAGAUGAUGGAUGACGAUCGGGAAUAUAUUCCACUGAGCGGAGAGGAGGAACUUGAGAUGCCUUGGAGCGAGAGUGAUGGGAGUGAGCAGAGGUUGCCGGGUGAGCCGCCGGGCUCGGGGCAGCACCAGAUGACCCAGUCACAAACUCCAGAGUUAGGGGAGGCAGAGGAUAUAGUACAAGUAGAGGAGCUUAAUUACGAGGCCACGGGACUUGACCAGGAGUUGCAGUCUGCCAAUGACCAGAAAUCACUGAUAUCAAAAGUCACUGAGACGAAAACCCCCGAACAUAGCUCCCCACCCGCUCUGCCAGAAGCAGAGGAAGCUGUAUCGCCAGUACAGCUACCCCCUGCUUUACCUUCAAGCUCACCACUGAGCUCGCCGCCCCCGGAAGAGGAUGACGAGGAGCUGUUUAUGACCGGUGAGAGUGUCGUAGCAUCCAAAGGCCAAGAAGGGUCUCAAAGCCCUAUUGGUAAACCCCAAGGAACCCUAGACAACCACCCAGCUGGCAGAAAAGAAUCACAUAAAGAAACAGGGGCUCGAAAUGAGGCUACAAAAGGAAACGGAGAUAAAUCCCGAGCUACAGAAGAAGCCAAUAUAUCCAUCCCUGAAACUCCAAAUACCCGCAGGAAGAUUCUUCUACAAAUCCGGGAACCCAGCUCCCCCAUACCUCCACAACCACACGAGGUCUCACCGCUCACCACACCAGGAGACAAGCUGCCAGUAUCUCAGCCCUACCAGAGCUCCCAAGCGGUAUCUAGGAACAGCAUGAUAACCUCCCCAACAGCCAAGCGUCUCCCAAUACCCACCAAGAGCCCACAAUCCCAACAAUCCGAAGAAGAAGAAUACACCACCUACCCCACCCCAACACUCGACAUCCUCUCCGCCGCUGAACACAUCGAGCUCCUCUACCUCCGCGACCUCAAAACACUCCGCACCUUCCUCACACUCCUUCAAUACUCUCCUACCUCCCUCGACCUCGACCCCACCAGCAACCAACCCCUCCUCGCCAUCUGGGGUCUCAUCGGCGCACACCACACCACGGGCGAAUUCAGCGGCGAGGGCAUCGCAAACACGUUAUCACUGGCUGUGGACGCGGCGGCAGAGUCGGGGCGCUUUUUGGUGCUGGGGGAGGGGUAUGUACAGGAGGAUGUGGGAGGGGGUGAGGUGUCGUGGAUGGAGGCGGAGGUGCCGGUGUUGAGGGGUGGGGUCGGGGGCAGAAGGACGGUGGUGGUGAAGGGGGUGUUGGGGAGGUGGUGUCGGUUUGUGGAGGAGUUGGAGUAG